AUGGCAACGCAAUUGGAGCCGUGGCACAGUCUUGCCGGAAAAAUUGUUCUCGUUACCGGCGCUUCUUCCGGCAUUGGUCGUGACUUAUGCCUCGAUCUCGCUCCAGCUGGCUGUCGCCUCAUCUUGGCAGCUCGUCGGAUAGACCAACUUCAGUCCGUCUGCGACGAAAUCAAUAAACAGUUACUGUCACAUGAAUCAAAAAACUUCCGCGCCAUUGCGAUAGAGCUUGAUGUCGCGGCCGACGGCUCCGUCAUAGAAAAGUGCUUGCAGAAGGCAUGGGAAGCUUUUGGCCAUAUUGACGUGUUGAUAAAUAAUGCUGGUGUUAGAGGAAAUGUGAAUUCACCUUUGGAUUUGUCCGAGGAGGAAUGGAAUAAAGUGUUUAGAACAAACUUAACUGGUACAUGGUUGGUUUCAAAAUAUGCAUGCAAACUCAUGCGUGAUUCAAACAGAAAAGGAUCAAUCAUCAAUAUCUCUUCAAUUUCUGGCUUAGAAAGGGGACUAUUACCUGGAGCUACUGCAUAUGCUUCUUCAAAGGCAGGUGUAAACAUGCUAACAAAGGUGAUGGCAUUGGAAUUGGGUAGAUAUAAAAUAAGAGUGAAUUCAAUAUCACCUGGAAUUUUCAAAUCUGAAAUAACUGAAAAUUUAAUGAAGAAAAAUUGGCUAAACAAUGUGGUCAUAAAAACAGUGCCAUUGAAAAGUUAUGGCACUUCAGGUCCAGCAUUAACUUCAAUUGUUCGCUACUUAAUUCAUGAUUCUUCCGAGUAUGUGACCGGAAAUAUUUUUAUCGUCGAUGCCGGUGCUACCUUACCUGGCGUGCCUAUUUUUUCAUCACUAUAA